AUGCAUCCAAUAUACUAUGCAUGUAGAACAUUGAAUGGUGCUCAACUGAAUUACACAUUGACAGAAAAAGAGAUGCUAGCCGUGGUGUUUGCAUUUCACAAAUUCAGGUCUUACUUGAUAGGCUCGAAGGUAAUUGUUUAUACUGACCAUGAUGCUCUCAGGUAUCUAAUUGAUAAGAAAGAGUCAAAGUCGCGCCUGAUUAGAUGGGUCCUACAGUUGCAAGAAUUCGACUUGGAAAUCCAUGACCGAAAAGGAACGGAGAACCAAGUUGUCGAUCACUUGUCCAGGCUUGAAGGAGCUAAAACGAAGGUUGAGGUAGAAGAGAUCAUGGAGACUAUUCCGGAUGAACAACUGAUUUGUAUUGAUAACAUUAUCCGGAGAUGUAUUCCCGAGAUAGACCAAGCUUCUGUUUUGCAGGCAUGUCAUGCUUUGCCUUAUGGAGGUCAUUUUGGAGGGGUAAGGACAGCUGCUAAAGUUUUGGAGUCUGGAUUCUAUUGGCCGACGUUGUUUAAAGAUGCACACUUUAGGAUACUUGUAGCAGUGGACUAUGUAUCGAAAUGGGUAGAAGCUGUAGCACUCCCAACAAAUAAUGCAAAGGGAGUUAUUGGUUUUUUAAGAAAAAAUAUCUUCACCCGAUUGAGCACUCAAAGAGCGAUCAUAAGUGAUGGAGGCACCCACUUCUGUAACCGAGCCUUUGCAAAGUUAUUGGAGAAAUAUGGCGUUGUCCAUAAGGUUGCCACUCCGUAUCACCCCCAAACAAGUGGGCAAGUGGAGGUGUCGAACAGAGAAAUCAAGAGUGUUUUGACCAAAACUGUAAAUGCUACUCGGACUGAUUGGGCGAAGAAAUUGGAUGAUGUACUAUGGGCUUACCGCACUGCAUUCAAACCUCCAAUUGGUAUGUCACCGUAUAAAUUGGUAUUUGGAAAAGUGUGUCACUUGCCGGUAGAGUUAGAGCAUAGAGCUUUUUGGGCGUUAAGGCAAUUAAAUCUUGACUUGGAGGCUGCUGGUACAAGUAGAGUCAUAGAGCUGCAUGAACUUGAUAAGUUUUGUUACCAUGCUUUUGAAAGCACUAGGCUCGCCCAGAUUGGUGCCAGGCGCUGUGUAAAACGCCAAAGGCAGCAACUAAUACACACAACUGCCUUCUUCAGCGCUAGGCGCGGACAAAAACAACAGGAGCAUGGGAAGCAAGGCCAUUGGAAGAAUGCAAAAGCAACUGAGAUGGUUAGAACUAAAUGUGGGGUACCCGCACAAAAAAUCAAGUGUAUGCCUAGAAACUCUUCAAGAACUGAUAAAUUGUUUGAAGCAUUACCGGAUCCUGAGAAAACUUUCAAGGAAUUAAAUCGUGCAAACAAGAAAGACAAACAACAUCACCACCCAAGAGAGCAAAUUAAACCAAACAUGGGUGACGCUUUGGAUAAUCAAAAUAAUCGAAACAUUGUGAAUGACCUGAAUAAUUAG